UCAUCAACGUCUCCGUCCUUUCGUGACGGCAGCUAGGCUGCCUCCGCUAUGCUACAGUGGCGACGAGCAAAGAAAACACCCACGCGGUCAAGCAGGAACCCGAAGUUAAGCAUCCAGUGGCAACCGUACUGCUGACAACGAUGGCCUCCUAUAUGCUUCCCAGCUUCGACGACGCCACAGAUAAGUGGAAACCUUACCUCAUCAAAGUGGAGGCGUAUUUUGAAGCGAAUGCUAUUUCGGAUUCCGCUAAGAAGAGGGCACUUCUAGUAGCUGCACUUAGCACCUCGACGAUCCAAAUCCUGAUGGGGAAAAUAGCACCUGCAAAGCCCAAUGCCUUAAGAUAUGAUGAAGUAGUCAAGGUGUUAAAUGACCACUACGACCCAAGGCGCAACGAAAUUGCUGAAAGCUUCCAGUUUUUCAACCGCUGUCAGCAGGAGGGAGAAACCAUUCAGGAUUUCGUCGUCUCAAUCCGACGCAUUGCAGACAAUUGCAAUUUCGGAGAUUCUCUGAACAGGCUACUUAGAGACCGAAUUGUCUGUGGUGUGCGUUCGGGUGCUGUGCAGAAGCAACUUCUGGCAAAGAAAGAUUUAACUCUGGAGGAAGCCGAGUCGAUAGCAGUAGCCGCGGAAACUGCCGAAAAAGGCGCCAGGACAAUGUCUGUAGACGUACCGCCUGUUCUUAAAGUGGAAGCGCGUCGCAAACUGCCAUCGCGAUCAAGCAUGGAGCGCUCAGAGCGAUUGGAGUGUGGAAGGUGUGGCAGUUCUAGACAUGAUGGCAACAGCUGCAGAUGGAAGAAUGCACGAUGUUACGCUUGCGGCCUGAGGGGUCACCUCGCUAAAAUGUGUCGCAGCCGCAUUGGCAAAGAUGUUGCCGCCCCUCGGCGACUACCUCACGCGAAAGCUUUGGCGGUAGAAGAGGCUUCUUCAGAAGAGGACAGCAGUGGUAGUGCUCAAAUUUGGACGUUAGCGUCAGCACGAAAGAAUUCUCUUGCGCCGCCAAUAAGACGAACGUUCAGUUGGGGAGGCGUGAACGUGUCCAUGGAAGUCGAUACAGGUUCACCGGUUUGCGUCAUAUCACGGCAGCUUUUCGAAAAGCACCGCAAAUGCUGGCCAAAGUUGAAGCCUUCACACGUAAAGUUAUCAUGCUACAGUGGAAGGUUGCCGGUGAUGGGUGAACUGCAACUUUGUGUCAGAUACCGCGAUACUUCUGUUGACUGUUCCCUUGUGGUUCUAGACUGCCCCGGACCAAGCUUGUGCGGCCGAGACCUACUAAUCCUCCUGGAACAAGCUGGCGCUCCGGUAGUGAGAGUCGCACACGAAGACGAGGCGACGGCUAUUCGAGCGAAGCACCACAGCGUCAACGCCCUACGCCACACCUACGAGGAUGUUUUUUCGGAAACCUUGGGCUUGAUCAAAGGACCACCAGCCAGCCUCCUGCUGAAGGACGACGCGGUCCCCAAAUUCUGUCGAGAGUUCGUCCUGGUUACCGACCACCAGCCACUUCUGGGACUGCUGAGACCCGACCGCCAGACGCCUGCAAUGGCCGCAGCUCGCAUCCAACGGUGGGCCCUCUACCAUGGAGGUUACCGUUACAAGCUUGAAUAUGCCCCAGGAAGGCAGCUACUGAAUGCGGAUGCUCUGAGCAGACUGCCGCUGCGGUGCCAAGAUGCCGCCACGGAACCUGAACCCGAAGAUCAAAUGGAGCGGCCGAGAGGGCAGUCAGGACAAUCAAGGACGGUCUUCGGAAGAUGAAAGGCGGGAAGCUCGAGCAUAACCUUAUGCGUUUGCUGCUCAAUUACAGAAGGACCCCACAGAAAGCCGGACUAUCGCCAUCGGAAAUGCUGCUGGGUUACCAGAUACGGUCACGC